AUGGUUUUUGUAUCAUUUCGAGCUCUCCGAGCUCAAAACUCUAAUAGCACCGCACCGACAAUGGAGCCAUCAGCGGCAGAACUCAAUAAUGUAUAUGAAGGCGAUACACUGACUAUUAAAUGCACCAGUAACACAGAUUUACAAUUUUUUACUGCGUUAGAUGAGCCUAGCGAACAGUCUCUGGCAAUUAUGGAAGUAGGAAGGUCAGAUUGGUCAUACAUGCGCGGUAUUAGAAAAACAGCAUCCGUUGGUGACAAUGGAUGGUAUGGCUGCGCGAAUACUGGUGUCAAAGUUAACACAACCAAAAAACCAUCGAUGGAACCAGCAGGAAAAAUUUUAAAGCUGACUGAAGGCGACACAUUGACAAUAAAAUGCUCCAGUAAUCAAGAAAUGAAGUUUUACUCAGACUUGCACCAUCCUGAAAAAGCUACCAAAAGCAGAGAAAUGGCUACAGCAGUAGGCGGAGGUGAAUUUACACACACUUUGGAGAAGAAAAAAGUUGUUCCAGAAGACAGUGGACAUUAUGGUUGCGUCAAUAAAGACAUUGAAAACGAACAAUCCAUGAUGACUGAAUCAGAGUCUGCGGUCUUCGAAGGCGCUCACACUCGAACUUUGGAGAAAAAGUCGCCUGAACCUGCAAUAACAAACAAAAUAAUAAUGUAA